GGCACAAACCUUUUGUGCACGUUCUGCGCACCUCCACCUUAUAUCACUAUUGCAGUUGAUGCGGAAUGUCCAACAAUGAAGGAACAAUUCGUAUACCUUGAUUUACUAAAUGUGUACGACAGUGCCUGGUUAUUGGAUACAUUCUGUAAAGCAUCCCAUUGAAACAGCAACCCACGUGUUGCCGUAGGAACAAAUAUAUUGGAGGGUACAGAUUCGACAUUGACAGAUACAGUGUGCAGGCGUGUGUAGCCAACAGUACAAUAUCCUUGGUUUCGAUUGUUUCUAGCGCCCUCGUUAAAAUGAGCGAAUAUUUUUCCCUUUCAGAUUGUGAUGUAAUUGGUUUUGAUUUGGACCACACUCUCUGUCGGUACCAUUUGAAGGAGACCUCUAGGCUGAUCUAUGAGAGCUUUACCAGGUAUCUGGUAGAGCAUAAAGACUAUGACAAGGACCUUCUUAUAUUGACCCCUGCUUCCUGGGAUUUCUGUUUCAAAGGCUUAGUGGUAGACCUUGAGGAUGGAAACUUGGUUAAGUUGGCUGAAGAUGGAACCGUUUUACGAGCAACCCAUGGGACCAAUAACCUCAGCACAGAAGAGAUCAUUAAACAUUAUGGUUCAAAAAGGGAAUGGAAGAACUUUAAUAGCCUUAAUACCUCAUUUACGAAAUCUACAAAGUACUAUUUUUAUGACAACUAUUUUGAUCUACCCGGGGCUCUUCUCUGUGGAAGGGUUGUGGAUAUGUUGCAUAAGCGUGGGCACGAGGUGAAUUCAGACUUCUGGAAAGACAUUGUUGCUGCCAUCGACCACAAUUACAACACAUCUGCAUUCAAAGAGGAUGCAGGAUGGUACUUCCCCAGUGUAAAGAGGGACCCUGGCCGUUACCUGCAGCCCUGCUCAGAGUCCGUCAAGACCUGGCUGAGGAGCAUGAAGAGUGCUGGGAAGGUCCUCCUGCUGAUCACCAGCUCCCACAGUGACUAUUGCAGGCUCAUCUGUGACCACAUCCUGGGGAAGGACUGGGAGGAGCUGUUUGACAUCAUCAUCACCAACGCCUUGAAGCCUGGGUUCUUCUCCCUGGUGCCCCAACAGAGGCCCUUCAGGACUCUGGUGAAUGAUGUGGAGGAGAGUGAAGGACUGCCGUCCCUGGACAAGCCUGGCUGGUACUCUCAAGGAAACUGGCCCCACCUCCACCAGCUGCUCAAAACAAUGACUGGGAAACCUGAGCCCAAGGUGGUGUACUUUGGGGAUAGCAUGCGGUCGGACAUGUUCCCUGCUAGCACGUUCGGGAAGUGGGAGACUGUGAUGAUCGUGGAGGAAAUGGAGGGAGAGGGCGUCCCGAGGUGCGACGCAGCGAAGACCAACGAGGCCCAAGCGGAGCCUCGGGGCAAGAAGGGAAAGUUUGAGGACCAGGGCAUGAAGGCGCCCUCUGCUCCAUCAGAACAGUGGGGAUCCUACUUUGUGGACUCACACAAGAGUGGUGAAGGGGACGAGGAGAGCCAGAAACUCACCUGGUGCUGCCAUAGCAUCCACAAAUACAGCACCAUGGCCAUCCCCAGUGUGGAGUCUAUUGCAGAUCUGCCUCUGAACUACAAGUUCCCCAGGUUCUGUCCCAACAAACCCUGCACCACCGGCUACUACCCCAGACCCCCAGAUUCCCUGCUGAGAAAGUUCCAGAGUCAGUCGUCUUGAAGAGUCCCUCCUCCCCAGAGUCCCCCGCCCUCCUCAGCCUAAAGGGGAGGAAUGUGCCUCCAUCUCGCCUGUAGUUCCACACCUGAACCACGCCAUCGAUCCCUCUGGCACAGGAAAUCACGCUCACAUUGGUAGAAACCAUGGGAAUUUGAAAGCACAGAAUCUCUCUCUGCAAGUAACCUGGCUACAUUUGAACGUUGUUCUGUACGUGGAUUAUUGUACGUGUGUGGAAAAAAUGUGACUUGCCAAUUGUAUGUGUGUGGGCGUGUCAGCAAACGGUGCUGAUUUUAAAGCAUAUUAUUCAUAUUGUUUCAUGUGAAGACCACUUUUGUAAUGUAGCUAGAUAGGUAAUUGAUGUUCCAGUUAAACCCCCUACAAGUACAUCAUUCAAUGUAAGUUAAUAACUCUUCAGAAUACUAAAAAAAACUUUAAGCCCUGUAAAUACUGUACUACAUUUAGUUUUUUGGUGUGUUUCCUUACCUCAAAAAACAUGAUCGGAGCUGGAGUGCAAAGUUGCAGUCACAGCGGUGUUGUCUGUUGUCUCCAGAGAGAAAUUCCUAAUAAUUCAUUAUGUCCAGUGUGUGUGUGUGUGUGUGUGUGUUCACUGAACUGUCUAAAUACGCACUCGUGGUUCCCAUUUCCCCUUAUUAGUAAUUGUAUAUACUCUGUUCACCAUUGUCACCAUGCCCGUUGGUCCUGUGAGUACCUGUGUUUCGGCUGUCGUGCUGCGUGUUUUGUACAAUUGUUAUUACGGGUCUCGUCCCGUGCAUUGUUAUUACGGGUCUCGUCCCGUGCAUUGUUAUUACGGGUCUCGUCCCGUGCAUUGUUAUUACGGGUCUUACCUCGUUCUUUUGUUUGGGUUGCAUCCCAGUGUGUUUUGUAUUUGUUCUGGGCAUCGUCCCGUGCCUUUCAUGGCAUGUUGUUUAAUCUGGGUGGAGUAUUAAAACCCCCUAUUAUGUAUUCCUGCGCCUGUCGCCAAUAAUUUAUGCAACGUAACAGUAUUGAUUUUGUGGAAGGUGUUUAAGAGGAUUGUUCUUGAAGAAAUGGCACAAUCAGUCCUUAGUGUUACCUUUUUUUGUUGAAAGAAUAGAAAAUAAUAAAAAGGUAAUAUCGGAUGCUUAAAGAUUAUGCUCUGUGUACUCUGUUAUUCUUUUGGUGCAACAGUAAACUAUAGUGCUGUUGGAGUGACUACUGUGUAAAAAUGUGUUAUACUUAUGCUUCAUAUGCAGUACCAAUUUGAAGAUAUGCUUUAAUUGACUUCUGAAUGGUUACAUGUGUUGGUUAGCUGCAUAUAGACUAGUUGUAUUAUAAUAAUAAGAAACAAGUCUUAAUUUGCUUGCUUGUAGAAGUAUUUUUACAGGAAGUACUUUAGAGAGGACAGCAGACCUUAAUUGGUCUUUGGAUUAUUUCUGUUUUAAAUGUGUGUGUUGGUGUUAAAUGCAGUGCAGUUUUGGUGUUAGUAUUCCAUUUACUUUUUUCCCCCAUCUGAUUUAGAAACUGUUAUUUGCUAAUUUGCCUUAUGUUCAAAUCAUUAGUGGUGUUUUAGUGUUCUAGAGAAGAUGCAGGGAUAGUGUUCGAUGUACUGUCUGAAAUAAAUAAAGUUAUACAAUUUUGUUAGACACUG